AUGCCGAGCAAGCGCAAGCGCGACAUCGAGGAUUUCGAUCCUAACAAGUCGGAUUCUGACGAUGAGAACUUCGAGCCCGGCACGGACCAACCUGUCUCGAAAAGCAAGAAACGCUCCCGUGGCUCCAAGUCCCAUAAGAGCAGCUCCGGGGGCGGCAGCCGAAAACGCCAGACCCGAUACCGAGGCUCCGACAUUGAAGACGACGAUGAGGAUGUCUCUGACAGCAUGGCGGAGGGUUCUUUCGUCUCGGAUGAAGAAGAGGAAGACGAGGACGCACCCGUCAACGCUUCUGGUCGACGCGCCAGAAAAGCCGCGACCAAACAUAAUAGUUACAAGGAGAGCGAGAGUGACGAGUCUGAAGAAGCCGAGGCAUCGGAGGACGAACUCUCCGAGGACCACGCCAAACCCAAGAAAAAGAAGGAGUCCUUGAUGAUUAAACUCAGGGUACCAAGGAAUCCUUCUUCGUCUGCCGCUGCCACUGCGCCUGCCACCAGAAGAUCUACGCGUGCUCGCACGGCCGAGGUGGAGGAGGAGCACGUCGAGCUGUCGAAUUCAGGCAAGCAUGCGCGCCCGGCCUCGAGGAGUCGAAGCCCCGAGACCUUCGCUCGUACGCGGAACUCCCGCUCAAUCAAGGGACUUAAGAAGGCGCCCGAAACGAUUGAGGAGGCCACCCAGGAGAGCAGCUUCCGUCAUGAGGAUGACGCCGAUGCCGAUGAAUUGGCCGGCGAUGUGGAGGACGCAGCUGUGGAUAAUGAAACAAAAACGGAGAACAAGGACACCGUCAUGGAAGAUGCCAUCAAGGAAUCAACCGAGAUAGAUCCUGAUGAUGCGGCUGAAGACGAUGACGAGGAGGACGAGGGUCCAAGAACCAGAACCCGAGCCAAAAGAGGAAGCGCUUCUGGAGCCGGGGCUGCUGAGCCGGAGGAGGAUCCAAAAGAUGACGCCGAAGGUGACGCUCCAACGCGACGGCUUACUCGCAGAAGGCAAGGAAAAUCGAAAUCCAUUCAAGAGCCGAGUAGCGACUUCGAGCCUGGCGAGGAGUCUGCAGAAGACGUGCAGAUGUCGGACUCGUCCAAGAAGGUUUCCGGCGAUGUUGAUGAUGGAGAUUUCGAUAGUCCGGCUCCACGCGGCAGAGCGGCGAAACCGAAAGGUAGAUCCACCAGAAGCUCGAGACGUGGGGCCGAGUCUGGCGACGAAGUCGAGUUGGACCACGACGAGCUGGCCGAGGAGCUCCAUGAGCUUCGACAAGACUCCCGUUCCCGUCGCACACGCCGUCCUUCGCCUGCAAUCAUCUACCAGGAAACAGCGUCGAAGCGCCGCAGAGCCGCAGCCAAGCCGAUGAAUUAUUUCAUGCCGCCUCUCUCCGCCGUAAACAUAGAGGAAGACGACGGCGACGACCCCGCUCCGACCCCUGCCCGCCGCCGCGGUGGUCGUGGAGGCGCUAGCCAAGCAUGGGACCGUGCUCUCAAUACCACCUUCGGUCCGUUCGGAGGCGGAGGCGGCGUCGGCUCGCUCCUUGCGGGGCCCUGGGGUACCGGUGCCGCUGGAGGCGUUGACUCCGAUAGCAGUGACGAUGAGAUGGGCGGCCGUUCUGGUGCUGCUGGUAACAUAGGCAUGACACCAACAUCAGCCGCCGCUCCCGCUGGGCUGCUCCCAGGCCUUGCGCAGCCUGUAGGCGGCGACGUGGCUGGGGUGGGUGCGACACCCAACGUCGGCAAGAUCAAGAAUACGAAGGCUCUCGCAGAUGCUGAUCCUCUCGGCGUCGACCUCAACGUGGACUUCAACCAGGUCGGUGGUCUCCAAGGCCACAUCGACCAGCUAAAGGAAAUGGUACAGCUUCCUUUGCUGUAUCCAGAGCUCUUUCAAAAGUUCCAUGUCACGCCCCCGCGAGGUGUGCUCUUCCAUGGACCUCCUGGUACUGGUAAAACUCUCCUUGCCAGAGCGCUUGCCAACUCCGUGGGUAUUGGAGGCCGCAAAAUUACCUUCUACAUGAGAAAGGGAGCCGAUGCUCUGAGCAAAUGGGUUGGUGAAGCCGAGAAGCAACUGCGGUUGCUCUUCGAGGAAGCCAGAAGGACACAGCCAAGUAUCAUCUUCUUCGAUGAAAUCGAUGGUUUGGCCCCUGUGCGCUCCAGCAAGCAGGAACAAAUUCACGCAUCCAUCGUCUCGACACUGCUCGCUCUAAUGGAUGGCAUGGACGGGCGCGGACAGGUUAUCGUCAUUGGAGCCACCAAUCGUCCGGACAACAUCGAUCCCGCCCUCAGAAGACCUGGUCGAUUCGAUCGAGAAUUUUAUUUCCCCCUUCCUGACGUGGAGGGUCGCCGGUCUAUCCUUGAAAUCCACACGAAGGACUGGGGUCUCUCAGAGCCUUUCAAGCAGCAGCUUGCGGAAAACACGAAGGGCUAUGGCGGUGCUGACCUUCGAGCCCUUUGCACGGAGGCCGCUCUCAAUGCCAUCCAGAGAACCUACCCGCAGAUUUACUCCUCCAAGGAUAAACUCAUUGUCAACGCGGAAAACAUCAGUAUCCAUGCUACGGACUUCAUGAUUUCUAUCAAGAAGAUGAUUCCUUCUUCCGAGAGAUCUGCUGGCACUGGUGCAGCUCCUUUGCCGAAGGGCAUCGAACCACUCUUGCGUGAUCAGUUCGACUCGAUCAAACGGGCGCUUGACGAGGUUCUUCCACGCAAGAAGAAGCUGACUGCUCUGGAAGAGGCCAUGUAUGAGCAAUUCGACGAUGAGGACCACGGCUUUGGACGCGAAGCCUUGCAGCAGGAGUUCGAACGAUCUCGUAUUUUCCGCCCGCGUUUCUUGAUUCAUGGCUUCACUGGCAUGGGUCAGAGUUAUCUCUCUUCUGCUCUACUGCAUUACUUCGAGGGUGUUCAAGUGCAAAACUUUGGUCUUCCCAAUUUGCUCGCUGACGGACGGCCGAUGGAACAAGUCAUCGUUGGACUUUUCACCGAGGUGAAGAGACACAAACCCAGUGUUAUCUACAUCCCCAACAUCGAGUCAUGGUUUGCCAUGUUGCGGGAUAGUCUGGCGUUCCAGACCUUCAAGGCCAUGCUGAAGUCAAUCCCGCCCACAGACCCGAUCCUAGUGCUUGCGACAUCAGAGUAUGAAGCCGGUGAAGAUCUUCAUCCAGAUCUUGUGCGGGAGUUGUUCGCAUUCUCUCGUAAAAACCGAUUGCAAAUCGAGCGGCCCAAGCAUCCGAACCGACGUGAAUACUUCUCUACAAUUGUGGAUCACAUCCGCAAGAGCCCGGCCGAGUUCCCCGACCCUGCCAACCGAAAGAAGAGAGUUUUGGAGGAGCUCCCAGUCGCUCCGCCUCCACCGCCAAAGGUGCCCUCCAAGGAAGAAGUCAGGGCUAUGCAGAAACGCGACCAUCAGCUUCUGAAUAUCUUGAAAGUGCAGCUGCAGCCAAUCAUGGACCAGAUCAACAGAAAGUACAAGAAGUUCAGGCAACCCGUCAUUCCUCCGGGUCAACUCGACUACCUCUUCGCCGAAAAUCAGGUCAACUACGUGCGCCCCGACCUUGCAGGAAUCGAGCCUCGUCCGUUUGAGAUCGUCAAAGACAAGUACGGAGAUGAUGUGCUGCGCGAGACAACCACUGGCAAGACAUUUUACAAUUUGGAAACCACUACGAUCGAGGAACGCCUUUCAAAUGGCUUUUACUGUCGACCCAAGGACUUUCUCCGAGAUAUAAAGGCUCUCGCCAAAGACUCCAAGAACAUUGGUGACAAAGAACGGACGCUCAAGGCCAACGAACUCGUCAGCAAUUGUGAGGUCGACGUCGCCACGAUCGAAGGUAAUACGGCCACCGUGGACUGGGAGUCUCUGCACCAGAGGCAAAUUCAACGAGCGAGGGCCGCAGCGGAGAAGGAGCGCAAGAGAAAGGCCAUGCAGUCUAUCGUCGACCGCGUUCAGACUGACGUUGCUGGUAACGACAGCGAUUCGCAGGGCCCUGUCACUCUGGGCGAGCGCAUCCCUGGGUCGACACAUGCUCUGGCUCGAUUCCAGGUCAUGAGCCCGGGACUCAGCGCUGGACCUGCAGCUCCCCAACAAAGCAACGGAACAUCCAACCCAUCUCGGCAGAGCGAUGUGCAAAUGAGUGGUGUCGACGAUGACACGACGCAGGAUAGCUCCUUGAUGCAGCCUCCCCAGUGGCCAGCCCAGGGAAAUCCUACGACCGGUACAACGACCGGAACCACCCAGGUGUCGCAAAGGUCCAUGAUCACAACUGUGCCCCCCGGCAUGUCGCCUUCGGAGCUGGCUAAUGAUGCGUCCACAACGAAGACAUCCGACCCAUCACAGCGAUCUUCGGACAAGUGGAGCACUCAGGCUACCAACGGCGUGCACCCCGAACACUACAGCCAGGGAGACAACUCUCAACUGCAAGACACUCAAAUCCCUCCCGGCGUGGCUCCCGUAAGCCAGGGCACUUCAAGCGAUGAAGCUUGGCCACACUCCCAAGCGCAAGCCAUCGCACGAGGUCUCAUUCGGCCGUCAAUGGGUGAGCCGGGCAGCCAGAACUCGUCGCCUAACAAGUCGAGGAGCUCGGGGGAUUCCAAGUCGCAUGCACCGACCUUGAUUAACAUUCUGAACGACUCGACAAGCGACGAAAUAAGGAAUUCUGGCUCCUCUUCUCAACAGCAGCCAGUCAUCAACGAGAGCCAAGUUGAGAACUUCCUCGAAGAGCUGACCGAGGGAACCUCCGGCUGCACUAUUGAACAGCUCGAGCAGAUCAACCGUGAGCUCAUGGACGAGAUCUGGCGGACAAGGCACGAGUGGAAUCGGAUGAAGGUUCUGGGCGAUCUCACCAAGGUGUUCAACGAGACGAUCAGCGAUAUCGAAAACAUCCAGGGGCUCUUCCAGCAGAGCCAGGACUCGUGA